CCGCGGCAACCAACCAAGCCAGUCAUUCACUCGCAGUCGGUCGUCCAGCAGCAACGCACCGGUGAUACCGCUGUACCCGUACCGGUUUUUUUUCCUAACAUUCGUUUACGAUACGUGUUAACGAAUAUCAAUUAUACAAGAUAUAACGACAACGUGUUGCGCAAAAACGAUUCCGUGUAAAAGACUACGCAUUUAGCCGGGCGACAAUAUGUUGCGAUCGCAAUAACCGCCGAGUCUCCCCGAAUCGAAUUUUAAUUACAUUUUUCUCGGCUCUCUCCGCCGGAGGAUUUCCCUGACGAUUUCCCCGCACGUCGACGGCGGCACGCGCGCAAAAACGCGGACCGCGUCCAAACAUAUCCGUCUCUUGUUUUCCGCACACGUCGUCGCCGGAGUAACGGCGACCGACCGGUAACGCUCGCGCGCGCACACACGACACACACGCACACUGCGCGGCGGUAGUCGACCCGGACGACCUCACCAGAGGAGAAGCACGUAGUGCGGUUAAAGUGCACCGGUGGUCCGCGAGUCGUCCAAAGACUACGUGUCGCGCGCGACCGCGCAUCGACAACUCUCCAGAGCGGCCUUGCAGAGGUUAUUCGCGCCGGUGAUUUCGGUGGCAAAGUACGAGUCAGGCGUAAAACAACAAUAUUAAAGCACGUUUUUCCCACACUUCGAGAAGAGAUGACUAUCGGAACGACAACAUCAACAGCAGUGGCUACAGCUGCCACCCCUCGGAGAAGACGAGCGAGCGGUUUCGCGAGGACGACGGCGUUCAUGUUGGUAGCCGCCGUUGUUUUAGCCGAUGUGAUCAGAGUCUGUGAAUGUCGUACCCUACGAGAUGACCACUAUCGGCUGCAGCGAAUUCGCCGAGAAGAAAAAAGCACGGAUUAUUUAUCCGACGGUGCCGGUAGUGAUGAGGAUGAGGAUGAAAGUCAAGAUGGAUCAGCCGACGCUGUUGGUAACUCAUUGCCCGUCAUACAGACUUCGGGGCUUGUAGUAGAAACUAUCGAAGGCACAACGGUGAAUCUCCCUUGCAAGGUUAUAAAUGGUUCUGCGGACGACUACGCGGUAAUGUGGAUCAAUGGCACUAAGAGUAUAAUGACGGACUCUUAUCCCAUAACUACAGACCCUAGGGUCAAACAUGGAACACAGUCAGAGACAUCUGCAGGAUUCCAGGAACACACACUGAUCAUUGAACAAGUAACGCGGAUGGAUACUGGAUCCUACACAUGCAGGAUAACAUCAACACCCCCCGUUGAGAUAACCCAUACCCUGCGUGUCACACACCCAGCCAAAGUCUUGUCAGUGCAAGCAGUGGGACAACCAGGGUCUUUGACUACUGGAGGUGCUAAAAAAUUGACCGUAAAACAAGGUGAUCCAGUGCAACUGGUAUGCAGCGUGGCAGGGUUCCCGGAGCCUACGGUGCAAUGGACCAAAAAGGCUAAAUACCACCAGCAAUCGCAACAAUCGACUAUGCCGUCUUCGGAUCAUGAUCAAAAGAUCCCAGAUUCUGCACCAUCGACUCCCUCAACAAUGGUUGUUUCGAAAACGAAUGAAGUCCGUAUCGAGUCCGUCGUCGCGUAUCGCGAUGCAGGUUACUACGAGUGCUCGGCGCACAACAGCAUCACCACAGGAUCUGCCACCGCCUCUGUGUCGGGAGGGACCAACCCAACACAUGUGGGAAUAGAAGUGGAAGUCGAGUUUUCGCCAGAAAUUGUUGUACCCCGACUCGUUGUCAACACCGGAGAAACGUACGUCGCUCAGAUGGCGUGUUCCGUGCAAGCAUACCCCAAGGUAAAAGUCACGUGGGAAAAGGAAAUACUGAACGAGAACGGACCGCAAACGUCAAUACCCGUAGUCACCGAUGGCCCUAACAGCCGGUACGAAGUGUCCAGGCAAUCGAGCACCAACCACCCAAUACAGGGCUCAGUGAACUCAACAGCGAUGCCGGUCGGACCCACUUUUAUACUAAAAGUGAAACAGGUGCAAGGACCGCAAGACUUUGGUCGGUACCGGUGUCGGGCCGAAAAUCGUGUUGGUGUUGCUUAUUCGGAUUACAUAACUUUAACCGGUUCACCGGCUCGACCACAAUCGUCGUACGUGCACGUCAAAGACAAGGCGCCCGAACUGGCGUGGAUCGUGGACAGUUGGUCACCACUGGUUGAGUACCAGUUGCAGUACAGGCGACAACAGGAUUUGCCGGCUUCUUGGGUGGAUGUCAAGCCACAGCCAAAGGUAGUCGAAUCGUCUACUGGCGGCAACGCAGGCGACGAGCGCCGUUACGCAGUGUCCUAUUUGUUCGGCGGCGACAGCCAGCCACAACAACAGCAACAGCAGGCCGGAGGUACCACGACCGUACCGAUUGUUUUGCGAAGGGGCACCACGUAUGUGGCCCGUCUCAGGGCUCUUAACGUUCACGGCUGGUCUGACUGGUCGACGGAUGUCGUGUUUACCGGUGGAAUGGACGAUGACCAAGAGGCCAACGAGAUUACUCAGUACGACGGACGUCAACAUAACGACAAUAUUUCGAAAGCUUCCGUCGCAGGCACUAGCGGUGCAUCGGGUCUGCAGCAAUACUACAGCUCUGCCUUGGUCACCUCCAUCCUGUUGGCCAUCACCACAGUGGUCGCCACCACGGCUUCCGUCUGUUAGACCGCCGUCGGUCCAGCAGUCUGGGAACACCGUCGCCGCCGAUGCUAAACGUGUACCUCCAUCGCCACAACGUCAACAACGGCUGCGUAAUUCACUAAGGAAAAAAAUUUAUAUUUAUUAUUAUAUUAAAUUUAUUACUAAACACAACAACGACACCAUAUUAUACGCGCACCGACCCGCUACCGACGUGAGCCUAAUAAUCUCUUUUCUCUCUCUUUCUUUUCAAAAAUAUUAGGGGCCACCGGAUAACGGGAGGGGGGCGCAAGCAAAUUUAAAACGAUUAUACUUUAUAAAACCAAAGACAGACACGAUGUGCAGUACUAAUGAUAACCACUAUAUAUUAUAAUAUUAUAUUGUUGUGUCGUUAUAAUUAUUAUUGUCGCCGCUUAUUAUUAUUUUACAUUUUUUAUUAUUAUAAAACGCGAUGGAUGUACGACUGUUUUACGCGCCUCGACUUAUAUAAUUUAAUAUAUAUAUAUAUAUACAGCUAUAAAAUCAUAAACAUUCGUAGAUUAUUUGUAAUUGAUUAGGUUUAUUUAAAUAUAAAAUGCAACGCGUUAUCAUUACGACGUCGUGCGCUUAAAUCAACAUAGCCGCCGCCGUCCCGCGUACUCGUCGUGCCGCCGUGAUCGAUGCCGCCGCCACCGUCGGAGCUUUUUAAUUUUUUUUUUCGAUUGCCCGUUGACUAAUUUACUUUUCUACGCGCGAGCGUCGUCCACUCGCGUUUUAAAUAUUAUCAUUAUCUUUAUUAUUAUUUUUACUGUACAAUCGCACGUAAAAUAAUAUGAUAUUAUACUGUUGCCACACCACCGCGGUAAUAGGAUUCGCACACGCUUAUUGCGAACGUGUCACGUCUCCGGUGUCCGACUUCGGGACAUUUUUAGAAACGUCAUCAGUAUACGCUAGUACGGCAAUAACGCUAACAAUAAUACGUCUGACAUGUACCUACGUACUUGGGUAGUAUUAUUUAUAUUACAAUACACAUAUAGGUACGCGUGCACGUCGUUUGUAGAUUUUAACGAGCAUUUGUUUUCUCAUAUAAUAUACGAAGGUAUACGAUGACACGCGUGGCUUGUGCACACACGCACCCGUCGUUAUAAAUGCGGGUUAUCGAAAAAACGGUUUUUUUUUUUUGUAUGUUUUUACCCCUAAAAAAUUUUACACCCAUUGUGUGAACUCCAUCGUAAUCGCGGCGGCAACGCGUUUUUUCAUUUUUAUUUUUUUUUUAUUAUUAUUAUAAUUUUAUUUUUUACAAUAAUUCAUUAGAUAUAGUUAUAUAUAUAUAUAUAUAAUAUUAUCUUCCACCCGUGUGUCUGUAACGAUAUAUUAUUAUACGUGUUGUACAUAAAAAUAUAAGAAGGGGACAACGCUUUUGUUAUUAUUAUUAUUAUGAUGAUUUUUUUUUCGUACUUUAUUAUUAUUAAUUAUUAAUAUUAUUAGAAUAUGGUUUAUAGCGCCGCCAUGCGCGCCUAUUACGCACCUACUUUAUAUAAAUAAAUAAUUAUACAUCAUUAUUAAUAGUGCCGAAAUCGAAUUUUUUACUACAAUGUUUAGACUGCCUCAACAAUUAAAAGCAUUACUUUUAUAAAUGGACAAAUGUAGAAAUCGAGCUUAUAAUAAUUACAAUAUACAUUAGUUAUAAUAUUACGAGAUAAUCAAAAUAUAAUACAAACAGUUAUUA